AUGGAAGAAGAAUCAUUUAAAAAUAGAUUACUAAAAAGAAAUAUUGAUAUAUGGAUAGAAAAGUAUCGACCAGAAUAUUUAGAUGAGGUAGUGGGAAAUCCUUUUGUCAUAAAUACAUUAAAAAGUAUUAUUAGCUCAGGAAAUAUGCCUAAUUUACUUUUAGCUGGAGCACCAGGAACUGGAAAGACAACCAGUAUUUUGUGUUUAGCUAGUGAAAUGUUGGGAGAUCUAGCGAAAAAAGCUGUUCUUGAAUUAAAUGCUUCUGAUGAUAGAGGAAUUAAUGUAAUAAGAGACAGAAUAAAAAGUUUCGCUAAAGAAAUUAUAAGUUUACCACCAGGAAGACAUAAAAUUAUUAUUUUAGAUGAAGUUGACUCUAUGACUACUGCAGCGCAGCAAUCGUUAAGAAGGAUCAUGGAAUUGUAUUCUGAUACAACACGAUUUGCAUUAGCUUGCAAUCAAUCAGAAAAGAUAAUUGAUGCACUUCAAAGUAGGUGUGCAAUUAUAAGAUAUUUCAAGCUAAGCGAUGACCAAGUUUUAAAAAGAAUAUUAAAAAUAUGUGAUCUCGAAAAUAUAAAAUACACUGAUGAUGGAUUAGAAGCACUACUAUUUAUAGCAGAUGGAGAUUUACGAAAAGCUGUCAAUUGCUUACAAUCUACCCACGCUGGAUUGGAAAUUAUAAAUAAAGAAAAUGUUUUAAAUAUUUGUGAUAUUCCAUCUCCUGAAAGAAUUGAGAAAUUAUUAAAACACUGUAUUAAUAGUGAAUGGAAAAAAGCUCAUGAAGUCGCUUAUGAAAUGAUUUCAGAAGGACACACGCCUUUUGAUGUUGCAUUAACUUCAUCAAAUGUUUUAAGAAGAUAUGAUUUAGGUUCUGAAUCUGUUCAGGUUGAAUUUUUAAAGAUAGGUGCAAUGGCUUGUAAUACAAUGGCUAGUGGUUUAGCAACUGCAAUACAAUUAGAUAAAUUACUUGCAGAUUGGUGUAUAGCUGCGAAAACCUUUAGAACAAAAUGUUAA